AUCUUCAAUCUAUUGAAACCUAACUAAUGCCCAAACCUUUAAACGACAAUGUUCAGUAACCAAUACGACACCAACAUUACAACAUGGGGCUCGCGCGUUAAGAGGCUCUUUCAGGUUGAAUACGCCAUGAAGAUAGUAAAGCAGGAUUCUACUGCAAUUGGCUUCCGAUCCAAAAUGCACGUCAUUUUGACAUGCGUCAACAAGGCCAACCCCAAGCUCUCUUCUCACAAGAAGAAGAUCUUCAAAGUCGAUUACUACAUCGGCGCCGCCAUUGCAGAAUUCUCCGUCAACGACUGCGUUCUGUCUUGGUACAUGCGCAACGAGUGCAUUAACUAUUCAUAUAUCUACGAGUCUUCUCUUUCCGUUGGACGACUGGUCGUUCAACUCGCCAACAAAAUUUAA